AAUGUCUUCUACUGACAACACACUGAUGAACUCAGGUGACUGUUUCCUCCGUAUGUUAGUGCAAGAAGACACUAAUUCAGGAAGCAGCACAAGAAGCAGAGGCACUAAUGAUUGUAUUAGGGAAAGCAUCAGAACAGGUUGUUCUGGCAGAAUUAAUGACUAUUGCCAAUGCAGCAGAGAAUAUGGAAGUCAGUCAACAUUUUCAUGUGAACUAUUCUGAGGACUUUUUCUCUGACUGUACAGAAUCAGCCAGCAGCAACAGUUCUUUAAAAAUGCCAAGAACCAAAGAGAAGAAGCUACAGAAAAAGAAAAAAAACAAAUAUGGUCGACAAGGUUAUCAAAUCAAAGGAAGCAAGAAAUUGCCACUUAAGAAGAUGCGGCACCAGAACACUUCAUUCUUAAGCAAUCAGAAUACCACAGUCUCUCAGAAAAAAGAUGUUCUGGCUCAACGCAUAUUUUCAGCAAGACUUCACAAAACUAAAGAACUGAAAAAUGAACUGUCAGAUCUCCAGCAUAAACUAGAAGCUUCAAAUGUAGAAAAUCAGCUUCUGAAACAGCUUCAAUAUCGGCACUUGAAAGCAAUAGGUAAAUAUGAAAAUGCAGAGAAUAACUUGCCUAAUCUUAUAGCAAGACAUUAUCAUGAGGUAAGAAGUCUAAGGGAACUCCUUAGGAAGUCUCAGGAGCAGGAGCGAAAAACAUUGAGGAAGCUUAGAAAAGUUGAAGCAGAACUGUUAAGGACUAAAGAUGCUUUGCAAACAUUGCAUAAAAUUUCAGAAGACAAGAAUCUCGCAGAGAGAGGGGAACUUACUCGCAGAUUAUCAGUCCUUACAGAAAAAAUGGAAGCCAGUGAUAAAAAAAUACAGGGCUUAGAAAAGCAGUUGAAGCUGAAAAAUAGCAUCUUUAAUCAUCAAAUGGCAGCUGAGAGUAAAAAGAGUAUAGCAGCUCGAACAAUCACAGAGGCCUUGCAAAUGGAAAUUACUUGUCUUCACCAAAAACUUAAGGAAAGGGAACGAGAACUUGGUAUAAGAAAUAUCUACACAAAUCAGAUGUUCAAAAGUAUACAGGACAAAGCUGAUCCAGUCCCUCAUAAAAAAGGUCUUAUUUUAAACAAAUCAGUGCAAGUUGAUAAGCAGAGUUUUAAGCUGCGUCAUCAAAAGCAGGAAAGAGAAAAGAUUGCAGUUCUAUUAACUGAGGAGAAAAGAGCAACAGAAAACACAAGUCAAAAUGGAAGGGCCCAUGAAGCACACAAAGAUGCAGCACACAAGAAAGAAGAAACUGAACCAACCAAGAAACUACUAAAGCCAGAAACUUCUAAUAGAACAUUCAGAGUAUUUUUGAGGGAAGAAACACAGCUAAUGGAAGAAAAAAUACAUUUUGAAUGCAUGGAAAGAGGAAAGAAAAAGAAAGAAGUGCAAGAAAGGAAAGCUGACUUCCUGAAAGAACUAGAAAAACUGCUAAAUGAUGAACAAACUCCAUCUACAGAUGAUGCCCCAAAAAGGGAAAGUAAUCAGGAAAAAGAUGCAGUGGAAGAGAAUGAAAAAGAAGAAAGGAAAAAAAGUAACCAGUUAAGUGACAACACAGCAGCAAAUAAAUGUGUAACUUCAACUCAAAGGAACAGAACACCCACUAGAUUGAAAAAACAGUAUACUUUUACAGAAGUCAUUGAAAACUUGCAUCAGGGAAUUCCAGCCUCAGGUCCAAUAUCCAACACAGGCAGCUUUCGCAACAAGCCAGGUCGACACCAGUGUGAAACAGCAUCAAAGGCAAGAACUUCAUUUGGUGUAUAUGAACCAUCAUUUGGUAAAUGUAUCAAAGCAAGGCAGAAGGCCAGUCCAGCUGAAGAUGGAGAAUACACUCACAGGACAUUAAUGGAAAGAAAAAACACUCUUAUGAAAGAGCUCUUUGGACCGGGCAGUGUUUUAAAAGACAACCAUUCAAACCUUAACACGAGGCUGCUUGAAAAAGAGAAAAGUAUGGAAAGUGAAAGGAUACAAGAUGACCAGAGAUGUACAAUUUCAAAUAAUCCUGGUUUGCAGUGUGGAGAUUUUAAAACACCACCAAUAAAGUCUAUACAGACACUUUCAUCCUCAGAAGAUGCAAAAUAGCUAUUUAAUGCAAUGUUCAAUUAGUGUAGCCAGUUUUUUAAAUCUUCUUGCAGUAUGUUUGACAUUUAUUGAAAAGCAGCUUUUUUUACCUUCUAAGAUCUCACUUAAAUGUUAUUCAGAGUAAAUUUUACAUCAGUGAUCUUAUUCAGCAGAUAUGAUAAAACCAUGAAAACGAAGUUCUCCAUCACAGAAGAGUAUUUCUCUACAGAAGAUGCAUCAGGGUGCUUACAAUCCGAUUGAUCAAUAGGUUGAGCAUUCUUGGGCAUAUUAGGAUACUUAAUUCAGAACACUUGAUGAUUUUGGCUUCCAUGAGAGGUUAGCAAAGUUAAGCCUUGUUCUGGUAGAAAGUCUUCAGCUCUACAGUUCAGUUCUUCUGAUUGUUCAUUACAGAGCCUUUGGGACAAAAUGCAAGCUUUCAAUGUGGAUUUUCAAGCGAAAUCUUUGUCAGCUGGUUGGGCUGAGCAAUUUGCUUUUAUAGCUAUUACUAGGCUAUUACUGUUAACACCUGAAAAAAAAAGUCCCAAAGUAGUUUCAAAAUUCAAAUAUAAUAAAAGACAUGUGAUGUUA